AUGACUUCUAACAUAUUUCAUGACUGGUUUCACAAUUCCUUUGUUCUCUCUGUGCAAAAAUUUCUGAGAGGAUUGAGUCUAGAUCCAAGAGCUUUGCUUCUCUUAGAUAAUUGCCCAGCUCAUCCAACGGCUGAUAACCUUGUGUCUGAUGAUGGUAAUAUAAAAGUAAUGUGUCUUCCAAAAAAUACUACUGCUCUUAUUCAACCCUUAGAUCAAGGCAUUAUUAGUGCUUUCAAAACAAAUUACCAAAGAGAAAUGAUGAAGUCAUUAUUAGCAUCAGACAUUGACAUCAACAUAUUUUUUUUUAAAAUGGAUCUCAAAGACGUGUCCUACAUUGAUCUCGACGAAACAACAACACAUUCAGAUUCAGCUUCAGAUAUUAUUUUCACUGAGGUUGAAAUUUCUCAUAUCUGGGAAAUAUUGAAUGAGCCAGAAAUAACUAAUGAUUCUUUGACUGAUUGGUUAGAUGAGGAAGCCAGAGAAGAUAUUUGUCAGAAUAUUAAUGAUGAAAUGAUUAUCGAAUCCAUUUGCAGUGACGAAGAUUGUCAAGAAGAAACAGAAGAUGAUGAAGAAAGUGCCAGUGAGAUAGCUGAUAUACCGCCAACAACCAAAGAAGCAAUAACAGCCAUGGAAACUGUUAUAAAAUGGGCUGAAUCAAAAGAAAAUAUUAACAGUGUCAGAUUGUUGAUAUUAGCAUCUUUCAAAAGGGAAAUGAUACAGAAGUUAUCAAAAAGCAAACAAACAAAAAAUUACUCACUUUUUUAA